AUGGAAAUCAAAUUAUCAAAUCGUUUCGGUUGCUUGGCUUCUUCUUCUAUUCCAUCAAUGGAAGAGGAAAGUGAGAGCACAACAGGACCACCAGCAAUGGAAGAGGAAAGUGAGAGCACACGACCAAAUUGGCUUGAUCUUCCAAGUGAUUUGACAGAAAACAUUCUUCAGAGGCUUGGUAUUGAAAUUGUGACGAGUGCAUGUUGUGUAUGCACUCAAUGGUUGAAGAUUUGCAAGGAUCCUCUCAUGUGGCGCACUAUUCGCAUGUGCUACAUCUGUGAUUUAUCCUACCUACGUUUUAGGAGGAUUUUUUACAAAGUUGUCAACCGAAGUUGUGGUCAUCUUAAAGACAUUAAUAUUGAGUAUUAUUGCACCGAUGAUAUCCUCAAAUGCAUAGCUGAUAAUGGCAGACACCUAUGUCGCAUGGGGCUUGUAGAUUGCUCGAGGAUUACAGAUGAAGGAUUUAGUGAAGCUGUGAGAAAGCUUCCGCGGUUGGAGAAGGUUGUAAUUUCACAUCACUACCUAACUGAUGUCUCUCUUGAAGCCCUUGGUCGAUCAUGCCCUCUUUUGAAAUCGCUUAAAUUUGUAAAUUCAAGGUUUACAUCUUGUGACUCUGAUAAAACGGCACUUGUUAUUGCUGAAACAAUGCCUGGUCUACGCCAUCUUGAUAUGAAAGGACACAAGCUCACUGAACUUGGUGUGCUCGCCAUUAUUGAUAAAUGCCCUCUUCUUGAGUCUCUUGACAUUCGUGAUUGUCAUUAUUUGAAUGAAGGUUUGGAGAAAAGCUGCAUUGAUCAGAUUAAUGAUUUGCACAUGCCAGUUCGUUAUAACCAUGAAAACAACUAUUAUAAUGAUCGUGCUUCUUUUUGGGGCAAUAUUAUAUCUGUUCUGAUGAUGAUGAUGAUGAUGAUUUUCAUUAUUGUGUGGAAGUUUAAGUGA